AUGAUAGAAAAUAGUGAAGGAAGAGUUAUUCAAGAAAUUAAAGGAAAUAAUAUAUACUGCAGAUCUAUUUCGCCACCCCAAAUAGAAAUAACAGAAAAAUAUACAGAUGCACACACAAUAAGUGGUCAUAAUAUUAAAAAAGUUAAACUCUAUGGCAAGAUAGCAGUAUCGGGUUUAAGUGCAAUUUAUCUAACUUUUGCAAAUUUAAUAAAACAAGAAAAGAAGGGUGACAAUAUAAAUAUUAUAAUCAGUGACGAGUUAUAUUGCGAUACACCUAAAAUUAUCAAAUCUUUUAAUUGCCCAACAACUGAAAUCAAUGUGUGCAACCCUGCCUCCAUUUUGCAACAUUUUCAAGGUUUGAAGAAUGAGAAUCCAAAUAAAACCAAUAUAUUGUUUUUUGAAAGUGCCUCAAAUCCUAAUGGAAAUAUAUUCCCAUUCGAUAUUUUGCCAAAAUUGAAACAGCUAUCAAAGAAACUAAUUGUAGUUGUGGAUAAUACUUGGUUAACUCAUGUAAUUUUAAACCCAUUCAAAUUUAGCGAUGUUGAGAUUGUGGUCAAUUCAUGCUCAAAGUAUUAUAGUGCCAGCAAAUGUAUUUCUGGUAUGAUUCUAUCAAAGAAUGCAAACUUUAUGUACUCCCUCGAAAGUAUGUCAAAGUUAAUGGGUUAUCAUGUCAGUGUAGAUUAUUGUAAAUUGUUAUUGGCUAAUUUCGGCACCAUGGAGGAUAGAAUCAUGGCUUCCUAUAAAAACACACUUGAAUUAACCAAGGUGUUAUCAAGUUACAAAAAUAUAACCAUUCGUAACAGUUCCAACCCAAAUGAUUCAUCUCAUCAAUUAGCACUUACAUAUUAUAACAAGUCAAAGGAAGAUCCAAAUGAAACAAUCCAUCCAAGCAUUAUAAAUGUCAUUGUAAACAAACCAAUAGAUCACGUUAAAAAGCAACUUGAAGAAAAUAACAUAAUUACUAAAACUUCGUUUGGUUCAUGUCAUACUAAAGUUUGCAAUUUUAUGAAAUCAUUAUCACCACAAUAUACCCAAAUUAGAAUCAGUGUUGGAUACGAUAAAAUAGAUUUCAAAAUGUUUGAAUUUUUAAAUUCAAAUUAA